AACUCCACAACUCGACCCCAAAAAGAAGCAUUGAAACCCAAAUCACCAAGCAACACAGGAUGACCAUAUGAAUAACCACACUAAAAUGAACCUCUAGUAAACCCAUAAGAAAAGGUUUUAACUCCACAACUCGACCCCAAAAAAGAAGCGUUGAAACCCAAAUCAUCAAGGCGGAGUUGAAAAAUUUGGGCGGCUUUUCCGAUACCCUACGCCCCUGUCCACCCAGCAGUGAAUGGGUACCAGGUAUUAAUCGGGGGUUGUGUCCCGUCUCCUGGGGUCUGUUCCCUUCUCCUAUAAUUCCUUCCCCUCCUGUCUCUCUCCGGCAUAUGACCACAGAUGUUGCGACUACUAAACGAAACUUUCCAAACAUUUUCCAAACCACCAAGCAACAGAGGAUGAAGGAAGGACAGGAUGCAGCUAAUGAGGGUGAUAACUGAUGAACAAAUGACUGAACCGCGACAAAUUGGUUCUUUAAAAACUACAAAACAAAGGAACACAAGCAAGAUGCCCAGCUUACCCGAGGCGGUGGACCUGAAGUACGGGGAUGUGUGCCCUGACGCCCAGGUGACCGAGGUGGCAUGCGUGGCCCUCACCCUCAAACGCAACGGGCGGCAGCGUCUCCCCUCGGUCCUCAUCCUGUCCGAGUGUGAGAUCGAGAACGCUGGUGAUGAGGAGGAGGUGGAGCGGAAGUGUGAGGGCGUGCGGGAGUUGGACCUAUCAAGAAACAAGCUUAAGGAGUGGAAGGAGGUGUUCAAGAUCCUACGUCACCUGCCGGGCCUUGGAUUCCUUAACCUGAGCUACAACUGCUUCGAGAGCCCCAUAGCUGACCCGACGGAGGUGGUGAGUUUGACCAACCUCACGCGCUUGGUCCUCAACGGCACACAGCUCCCCUGGAAGGACGUCCAUAUCCUGCUGGAGAAUGCCCCGCGGGUGGAGGAGCUGCACCUCUGUAAGAACGGCUACACCAAAGUGGAGCGCCCCAAGGCCAAGCGAUACAGCUCCGUCUGCCGCAUCCACUUCAACAACAACCCGAGCUCGGACUGGUCAGAGAUUGAAGCGCUGGGCCAGAUGUUCCCUUACCUGGAGGUGCUGGUCCUCGCCGAGUGUCCCCUGAGCGAGCUGAAGGAGGGAGGGCGCUAUCACGAGUUCUUCCCAAGCCUCAAAUAUCUGUCCCUCAACAGCACCAAGAUCUGCUCCUGGGAUUCGGUGGACCUGGUCAAUCUCUUCCCCAAACUGUCCGAGCUCCGGCUUCAGCAGUGUCCACUCUAUGAGGACUACAAGGACGAUGAGCGACGACAGCUGACCAUCGCGCGGCUGUGGCGGAUCCAGCGACUGAACGGUGGCGCGAUGAUCAGCCCAGAGGAGCGGGAGAAUGCCGAGCGAGCCUUCAUCCGGUACUACAUGAACCAGGAUGUGCGGCCCAAGAGGUACGACGAGCUUGUGCAGCAACACGGGAAGCUUGAGCCGCUGGUGGAGGUCUCGCUGCGGCCACAGACGGAGGUGCAGGUCAUCAUCCGGUGUGGGGAGAUGGCGCUUGAGAGGGUGGUCAGCGUGUACUCCAGGGUCGUGGAUCUCAAGAAGGAGCUGGAGCCUCAGGUUGGUCUGCCAGCGAACAAGAUGCGGAUCUUCUACCUGGACAAGGGAGGGGAGACCUGUGUGGCAUAUGCUCCCGAGGAACUCAAGAUCAACACCAAGCAGCUUUACACCAUCAACGUGCACUCCGGGGAUGAGUUCAUCGUGGAGCCCAAGGUCCCCAAGGUGUAGCAGCGUCCAGGAGCCAGGGUGACCUCACGAUUGGCAUGGUUCAGGCUUACAGAUGUCCUGAUAACAAGGGGUGACUAACUGCAGGAUUAUGCGUCGUUUUGCAAUUUAGUCGUGUUUCAGAGUCUUGCCGAGUGUGCUAGUUGUGUGGUGCAGGAGCAGUGUUCGCUUGGAUGCUUCUCUUGCGACUUGGGCGUGGAUAUGUUCCGAGGCAGCUCUUGCAUUCCCCUAUGGCGGAAUUGAGCCGGGCCGUCAUGUGCCUAUGUGCAGUGGUGAUCCAAGCCACCGUGCCCCUGAAGAGUGAACUGGCCAAGUAAUGUGAAUUAUUACCUAAGCACCAACAUGCUGCCUAAUGUCCUCAGUCACCAAACAAAAGUACCAUUCUUAGUAUUAUGGAACCAUUGGUUGGCCAGGAUUAUGACAGGCAUUACAUUGUGAUAACUUGUGGAACCUCUGCUUGUGGAAGGCAAGCAAGCAAUGUUUCCUUUGUGGUUAUUCCCUAGGCUGGGUGACCAUGGCAGGACCUCCUCCAGUCCUCCGCUCAGUGUCCUCCCUUCACGGGAUUUCUUUUUGUUUCCCAUGUUCAUUUUUCAUCUCAUUUUUGCUCAUCUUGGAGGUCCACCUGCCCUGCCCUGCCUUGCCCACCUCCGAUGGUGCUGCCGCUGGUGCAGUCUCCCGCCUGGGUAUUUUGGGGACUGCUGUCACCGCAUCAUCGCCUUACUUGUUGUGGAUGGCAGCGGCCGAGGAGGCUGGCGACGGGCUACCUUGAGGUGGCCAGUGUUGCCGCCUCGCGUUUCAAAACUUUUUAGGCAUCUUUGAGGGCAUUUCCUGGUCAUAUUGAAGUCUAGGUCCAGUGUGGUUAAUGCUUUUCAAAUGUAGUCUUCAAAAUGUGGCAAAGAAGUGUUUGCAAAAUUGUUUUAGUGUUCAUUUAAGGUUUGUACACUUUAUGUCUCUUUAGUUUGUAGGCAAAGUGCUGCUGCUGGAGUCGUGCGAGAUGGCAAGAAGAUAAGCAAGAGCAGAUCUCCUUAUACAAACUAUAACCCUAAGCUCUUAAUGUGUACCUAACUUGAUAACAUAAAUAGUAUAUUACCACAGAGUUACCUAACAAAAAACUUCAUUUCUACAUACACGUAUAAGUACAUAUAUAUAUCUAUAUCGCAGUGAACUACUACCAUUACCUGAUACAUGUAAAUAGUAGCAUCUAUGAAGCCGCUGCAUGCUGUUGGCUGCAGGACAUAGCAUAGCUUGUUCUCAUUCUUCUUUACUGCAGCAAAAACUACUGCUUGGAGUCUUGUCUUUCACACUGCAGGUUUGGGUUGAUCUCUACUUUGCAUUUAAAAAUAAGUGUAGGAAAAGUCUGUGUAGUGAAGCACACAUGGUAUUCCCUGUGGAGUCUGUGGCUUUAAUGUCUGUUGGUGGCAGUCUGCAUAGGAACUGUGGCAACGUUUACUCACAUCUUACUCCAUGCCACAAACCACAAUGUGAUCCUUAUGUUUAUUUUUUACUUUUUAGCUUUAUUUUUAUCCUCAAUUCAAUCUUGGUGACAUCUAACCCUUGUAGUCCCUUGUGUACUGACCUGAGUUGCCUUCCCCGACACCGCUUGUUAGGUGCACCACAGCAAGUGCCGUGCGCCUCAGGUGUGCCCCCUCACCCCACAGCUGCCCCACCAGUGCCAAUAACAUGUGAUGGUGUGUUUGUGUUGAGUUACUGAUUUGUUUAUGUUUUGUACAUAUUACAUAUUUUAUUUGAGUCAUUCGCAGCAGGUUGUUCUGUUCCACAUGUACCGCGGGGCCAUGCGUGGGGCCACUGGUUUAUGACUUUAAUUCUAUUUAACUGAUUUUAGCUCCUUAUCAAAAUCCUUAUGUACAGUAUUUGUAAAUAGUGGUAGGACUAGUGUAGAGGUUUGCAGGCGACUCCAUGUUCCUGGCUAAGGUACACAAGGUGGUAACUUAUUGGUUAUGAACCGGUAACAGUGGAUGGAUGGAUGCUUCAAGGCAUUCAGAAAACACCAAAAAAACAUAGUCAGUCCAGCAUGAAAUGCAGUGCUUGGCACAGCAUGACAUUCAUUUAAGUAUAAAACAGUCUAGUAUAUAUAUUGCUGAUGGAAUUAGCAUAUUGGUGGUUAAUCAGUCAACUACUAGUUCCAAACUACUUGUAAGAUAAAGAAACCUAAUUGAGUGGAAGUCAGCCAAGAUAGUGUUCAGUGUAAUGAACAUUUGGCACAGCACAUUGUCUGGCCUGGGUGUGUGGUGCCAGCCCAGCUUCCUGCCAGCCUGGUGUGCAAGGGUCCUGCAACAAGCCAGGCCAUCACUUGGAUGCCAUUCAUGUGUGUCCGUGGAGCACCAGUACUGGAGUAGCCAUUUUCUGCACCACCCAGAGGUGUUCGCUGUUCCCACACCUUGGCAGAGGACUCCCCGCCGCGCAGCCGUGACUUGCAAACUUCCUAACACAGAUACGGAAUGGAAAUAUUUUUUUAGCCUCAUUGGUUGUGAGUACAAUGCUAGUGUACACCAGAGUGCCCAACACUUCAAGUUCUCCCUCGUGACUCGACUGGAAGUGUUGUUACCACGUCCUUCACGGCCUGUCUUGUGAUGAGCCUUGUUAGUGUACUCCAUAGCCUAGAACAGUAACAAAGUGUGUGUGAGAAUUUACUACAGAAUGCAAUGUUUUCACCUACCGGCUAAGUGUAGUGUGUAUGAAGCUUCUCCUUGUUCAUACUCAAAAGUUGGCUGAAUAAAAAAGUACUUAACA